GCUCUGUUCAGUCUCAUGGUUCACAAAAGCAGCCAAUAACCAGCUCAUAUAUUGUUUAAGUCCUUGUGCCGGUCAAUUCAAGCACUGAAAACGGGGACUUGAUUGUUGUUCGGGAUUCCGAGAUCCCUCCAAUCUCCCUUACUGCUCAAUAUUGUACCCCGCCUUCGUGUCGAAAAACACCACCUGAUUUCGCUGGAAUUUUUGAAGUGCGGAAACCAGACAUGUCCAAAUCAAAGGAUAGCAGCUCCUCUGGGGGCUUCCACCAGGAAUACAUAGCUUCCCUGCGUUAUCGAAAUGAUCUCCCUCCUCCUGAUAUGCCCCCGAAGUUCCUCGACAUUCCGCAUGAAGGGCUUGAGAGGUUUCUUACUCCCGGGUUUGCCUCUAAUCUAGGCCGACGUGAAGAACCCAACAUUGAUGUCGACGCGGAAGGUGGUAUGCCAAUCGACCUGGUUGGUAUUCCAGGCUUGCAUCUGGGUGAUGAGAGCGCAAUCAUGGCGCCGGAAAACCCAGAACCAAUUGACCCUGCUGACCUACCGCUUCUUUUGACACUCGACCAACUGAAAAACCCUGCGCCCAAAAAUUCCAAUGUCAGUUUCCUCCGCCGCACGCAAUACAUUUCCGCCGGUAUUCGCGCCCCUGAUGGGCCAAAGGUCACGGCUAUCCGUCCUAAAUCGCGCAUCGAUAAGAAGUCUCAAGAUGACCCGACAUAUAUUAAGAAGUAUAUCCUGAAGGGAUUCGAUAUUGCCUACCCGGACAGCAAACACGUGGGUGAAGAUACGUCAAGCCAAAUCAAAGGUCUCGCCCCGACGAAACUUGAGACUGAUGCGUGGGCGCAACCUGUGCAUCCGGAUAAUCCAAAGUUAAAACCCGUCGGUUACUAUCCACUUCUCCCCGAUUUACAAGGCUUCCCCGAUCCUGGAGGUUUUGUGCAGUUCAAAUUCGACAAAGCCCCAGUCCAGGGUUCUGGAGGCAAACGGGAUGAGCGUAUGGACGUUGCGAUUCUGCUUCCCUCAGAGCCUGAGGAGCGUGUUGCCCAAGAAUACGCCACCAAGAAAUCCCUGCAUAAAUCUAACCCUAACCUGUACCAAGAUCCCGGUCCUGUCCCAUACGACUAUGACCUAUUCCUACCGGAGAAGAAGGAUUCGGUGAAGAACGUUCGAAACAGUUUACAUUUAUCCAACCCCGACCGCGACAACGAAGAUCUCUACACCAAUGAGGGUGCUGACAACAUGAAGUUCCACCGUUAUGAUCGUGCACGUACAUAUGCCACAACCGCACAGGCACUUGGCAACCCCCAGAAACAAACGGACAUUGCAAUGGCACUUCACGACCCAGCGGAAGCAAAGGAUAAUACCACCACGCCAACACAGAAGGCUGCUUAUUACUAUCCCAUCAUUGGAAAGACGCGCCUAAAGCCCGAGCGUGCACGAACCAUCGCCCAGGCAGGCCUCGCACCCACAAAGCCUAAAUCGAAGGAAGACCAGGUCCACCAGAUGCAAGUUGUGGCUCGUGAUCCAGAGGAACUGGAGUUAUACAAACGAUCCACCUACCGCGCUGCCAUCGACCCUAAAUUCGCUAAAACAAUGCCCCCUCCCCCAGAGCCUGCUGAGGAACCCGAGUCCCAGCCAACCGAAGAGGGAACAGAUGUGCAACCGAAGGUAGAUGAAGACGACGAUGAUAGAAUGAGCGACGAAUGAGUUAAUCGCGCCAGAUUUUGUGCGUCUGUUGGUGCCCUUUUCCAGUCUCUCAACUUCGGCAUCUAUUCAUCCAUCUUUUACCUGUUAUUACUAGGAAAACCUUUGGAAGCUUUCUCUACCUUUGACUUCCUGUCUUGUCUUUCUGGUACCCAUAUUCCAGCCGAUCGGCAAGCCGUUGCGGACUAUCAGCUCCGGCUUAACUUUUUGACUCUUGACUUCAUCUGCCAAUUGGCGUCAGGCGGCAAAAACAGGCGUUUUGUUUCCAAUAUUUUGAGUGGCAUAAAUAUCUACUGGGGAUUUGGAGUUCAGCGAAUCUUCUUCCUUCUUUGCUCUUUUCAUGUGCUUGGUGGUCUCCAAAUGACUUCCUAUGAUCUUUGUGUUCAUAUACUGAUCAUACCAAAUGAAUACAUAUCUUCUAAUUCAAUAAUUACCU